UUCAUAAGCAAUGGAGAUUGAAUCCCAGGUAGUGCAUUAUACCUCAAACGGGCAAGGAGCGCCGACGAGCAAAACAGAGAGACAAUCACCCCUCCUCUUCCUCAACAUCUUCUUCCUCAUCAUUGGCUGCUGCGGCAUGCCACUCCUCCUUCGCCUCUACUUUCUACACGGUGGCCAUCUCAUAUGGUUUUCCACCUUCCUCCAAACUGCCGCCUUUCCUCUCCUCCUCCCCCCUCUCCUAAUCCCCAACUCAAAAAAAUUCAAACUUUUCUCCCUCCGAACUCCCCAUCUCCUCCUCUCAUGCACCGCCCUCGGCCUCCUCACCGGCCUCGUUAACCUCUUCUACGCCUACGGUCUCUCCUACGUUCCGGUCUCUACCUCCUCCCUCCUCCUCUCCACACAGCUCAGCUUCACCGCGCUUUUCUCUUUCCUCAUCGUGAAGCAGAGAUUCACACCGUUCUCCAUAAACGCGGUGGUUUUGCUGACCGUUGGGGCUGUGGUUCUCGGCAUAAAUUCUGCCGGGGAUAGGCCUGAAGGGGUGAACCAAUCUAAGUAUUACUUCGGGUUUGCUAUGACAAUUGGGGCGGCGGUGCUCGACGGACUGUUGCCCACUCUGUCGGAGCUCAUGUACAUGAAGGCGAAGCAGCCGGUGACUUACACGGUGGUUUUAGAGACGCAGGUGGUCAUGGGUUUUUUCGCUACGGUUUUCUGCGCCGUCGGAAUGUUGGUGAAUCAUGAGUUCCAGGCCAUCUCGAGAGAGGCAGAGCAAUAUGCACUCGGCGAGACCAACUACUACCUGGUGAUCAUAUUUUUCGCAGUAGUGAUGCAAUGCUUUUUCUUGGGGAGAGUGGGUGUCGUUCUCUACUCGUCGGCGCUGCUCACCGGCAUCAUCGUUGACGUCCUCCUUCCGGUGACGGUGGUUCUUGCAGUCAUCUUCUUCAAGGAGCCGUUCACCCGAGAUAAGGCAGUGGCUCUCGCGCUCUCAAUGUGGGGGUUCGUUUCCUACAUCUAUGGGGACAUGAAGGAUCUCAAGAAAAGAAAGAAGAGUACAGUCACAAUGAAGCCAGCUGUAGAAGUCCUGGAGAAUUAAAGACAUU